UCUGGAAAGACCAUCUGCAUAAAAAGCCAGAGGAAAGAAACCCAACCCGGGGUCCAAGAGAUCGUCUGAACCCUGCCAUUCACGGGUCCAUUGUUUGCUUUUUUGGAAGGAGGAAGCCCUGCGGGAGCCUUGCCUUGGAGCCCACUUUCUCGAGAUGGCUUUGCACCUGAAUGUGAAACUGCUGACCGGGGAGCUCCACUCGCUGACCAUUGCUCCCAACAAAACCGUGUGGGAUUUCAAAGCCCUGGUGGAGCAGAAAACAGGCCACUCGCGGUACCAGCAGAAGCUGGCCAGCCCCAAGAGCCCUUCCCUUGAUUUCCAGGAUGGGGCUGAGUUGUCCGCCUGCGGCCUGCAGUCCGGGGACACCCUUUUCCUCCUCCUCAAGAACGAAGAGUCCAUGACUGUCUUCCUGAAGAACGCCGGCGGCCGAACCAACACCUACCAGGUCCUGCCCUCGGAUCGGGUCUCCCAGUUCAAAGCCCGGGUUCAGCAGCAGGAGAACAUCCUCAGCACUCAGUUCUGGCUCCUGUAUGAAGGGCAAAUCCUGGACAACGAGGACCUCAAGCUCGCGGAUUACAAGAUCGCUCCGGGGGGCACCAUCUAUUUGAACCUGCGCGUCCGCGGCGGCUGGGGCGUUGCAGAUCCGGAUCCUGUUGGCAGUCCCAAUUAGAGUAGAAUCCGUUGUGGACUGGCAAGUCCACGGAUGGGUAAAAUCCACCUAGAGGAUCCAAGAUUGCCAUUUUGUCCCCAAGUUUUUUCUCCCUCUGCACCAGGAACUUUCCUUACCACCUGCAGUAUUUAAAUGCAUAGUAAAAGCCUAGAAAUGUAGUGGAGGCCAAUAGACCCAUUCCUGUUUGGUGUUUCCGUUCAAAGCGAUGCUGACAAGGCCUUUGCGCAUUGCACUUGCUGCUUUUCCUCUUCCCUCCUUGUCGCCUUUUCCUUUUGUGCAGCAUCUCUUAGAUAGCAGAUUCUGCUAGAGUUAUUCUUGCUGUUCCUGAAGCCUUCGGGGUUGAAUGGGGGGCGGGUUUCAAAGGGGAUCUUCAACAGAAACGGUGAGCCGUGCGGAUGUUUUUGUCUGUCCUCAGAUGUGUUUCUAAUGUUCAGUUUGGAUGCUCUGUUAGCAGCUAUUGCCAAUUUUCAAUAAACAAAAAUCACGAAA